GCCAACGUCAAAAGAAGGACACACACUCACGUACACGCUAUUCGCUUCGAUGAGCUCUACAGCCGCCGUGACGCUGCCAGGCGCGCUGGCGAGUGGUCCCGCCCUGCACGCCCUCGUUCGCGUCGAGCUCACCAACGGCACCCUCGUCGUCGGGCGGCUCUUGGAGAUGGACGCGGCGACGAUGAACGUCAAGGUGGACGCCAUCACCUCCACCGCCGUGCGCCGGCGCCUCCGUCGUCGCUCCAGCACCGCCGCGGAAAGCGAUGUCCAUCACGGCAGUUCUGCGAGUAGCUCUGCGGCUGCCAACUCCGUCGUCGCUGCAGCCGCCGCCGCAACAGCAGCAGCCUUUGUGGACACCGUCGAGCCCGGUCCGAUUGCGCUGCGGUGCAUUCAGGGGAUGGUGAUCCGUGGCGCGUGUAUUCGCUUUUUAGACUUUAUUUGGGAGGGCAAAGACGGCGGGACGAGCGUCGGUGAAGUCGAGGCGGCUGCGCGGCAGGUGCGACCUUCCGAGUAA